GGCGUGGGGGAAGGGGCCGCGGGCGAGCGCCGGGCCGGGCGCCCUGGGGCCCCCUAGUACCGCUGCAGAGCAAGGCCUCGGGGGCGCGACCCCGGGGCGCGGGAAGGCCGCUCUGGCCCCUGGAAGGUGCCCGCACCCCUCUGGCUCCCGUGCUCACAUCGGGAGAGAGUCCUUGAUGCCAUCUGUCUGGGUCAUUUGUCUAAGGGUGGGUGGCCAAUUUACCCGGAAAACGCUGAAUAAAACGAACAGUAAAGGUUGCUUCCGGUGGUCGCCUAUCGCGCUCCGGACCUAAGCCUGGCCGGCCUGUUCCCAGCGCCCCCUCCUACGAAAAGCCCCGUGAUCCACCCCACGGCCUUUGCACUCGCCAUGCUGCUGGCGUCCCAGGCUGACCCCUCCUCUGAGAGGCCCCUCGCCUUUCGGCCCGUGGCCUCGGCCGGUGCUCUCGGUCUCGCCGGGUCCGCCCUCUUCCCUGCGCCUGCUCCUCCCACUUUUAGCCCCCGCCUCGCUGGUCCGUAGGCGCGGCCCUCGCGGGGCGCACCCGCGUCCGCCCUUCCUGGCUGCUUGGGCCCAGCCGGGUGGGCGGCAGCGCUGGGGGCGCGGGCGGUGUGCUCGGUCCCGGGGCUUCUUGCAUUGUAAGCCCCCAGACCCAGGCGCCCCCGAGGCGGGCACGACCCUGGAGCGGAACCAGGACAAGAACUGCUUCCCUCUGAAAGCUCCUUGAAUCACAUGGUCUACGAAAGAACAGGCCGUGGAGACCCGUGAGCUGGAGUGCAGGAAGGCAUCUGUGACCCCACCGGGACUUUGACCUUCAUCUGGGAGUCGGCCUGACCCAUGCUGCCCGCAGGCUUGAGGAGACCAGCAUGUCGGCUUCGGGAAAACCCCUGGCGCUGGCAGAGCUGUCCCCUGGCCCCGAGGACAAGCCCAAGGGGAAGCCGCUCCUUGCCUGGGGCUCUCUCUUUGGCCAGCGCAGCGAGAAGAUUGUUUUCACCAGGAGCGAGGGAGCCCCCGAGGAGAAUGUGCUCACCAUCACCAUCACAGAGACCACUGUCAUCGAGUCGGACCUGGGCGUGUGGAGCCCCCGGGCCCUGCUCUGCCUCACACUGUGGUUCUUCUUCAGCUUCUGCACGCUGUUCCUCAACAAGUACAUCCUGUCCUUGCUGGAAGGGGAGCCCAGCGUGCUAGGGGCUGUGCAGAUGCUGUCAACCAUGCUCAUCGGAUGUGUGAAGAUAUUUGUUCCUUGCUGUUUAUAUCAGCACAAAACCCGGCUUUCUUACCCCCCCAAUUUCAUCAUGAUCAUGCUGUUUGUGGGUCUAAUGAGGUUUGCAACGGUGGUUUUGGGUCUGGUCAGCCUGAAAAAUGUGGCGGUUUCGUUUGCGGAGACGGUGAAGAGCUCUGCCCCCAUUUUCACCGUGAUCAUGUCCCGGGUGAUCCUGGGGGAGUACACGGGGUUGCUGGUCAACCUCUCCCUCAUCCCCGUCAUGGGAGGCCUGGCGCUGUGCACGGCCACGGAGAUAAGCUUCAACGUCCUGGGGUUUUCAGCCGCAUUGUCCACCAACAUCAUGGACUGUUUGCAGAACGUUUUUUCAAAAAAGCUGCUCAGCGGGGACAAAUACAGGUUCUCGGCUGCAGAGCUGCAGUUUUACACCAGCACCGCGGCCGUGGCCAUGCUGGUCCCCGCCUGGAUCUUCUUCUUGGACUUGCCGGUGAUCGGCAGAAGCGGGAAGAGCUUCAUGUACAGCCAGGACGUCGUGUUGCUGCUGCUCGUGGACGGCGUCCUCUUCCACCUGCAGAGCGUCACGGCCUACGCCCUCAUGGGCAGAAUCUCCCCUGUGACGUUCAGUGUCGCCAGCACCGUGAAGCACGCCUUGUCCAUUUGGCUCAGUAUUAUAGUGUUCGGCAACAGAGUUACCAGCCUGUCAGCCAUCGGCACCGUCCUAGUGACCGCUGGCGUCCUGCUGUACAACAAGGCCAAGCAGCACCAGCGGGAGGCCAUGCAGAGCCUGGCUGUGGCCGCCAGCCGGACACCAGAGGAUGACGUGGAACCACUGACCCCCAAGGACCCCAGACCACACCACUGAGCUCUAGAAGCCUCGGCAGGUGCCAAGGGCCCCGAGGUGCUGCCCUCUGCUGCUGUCGUCCUCACUGACGCGGACACCCAGCCUCCUCGGGUCACUGGGGUGCAGGAGGCCAAGGGACGUGUCGCCUUCCCUUCUCCUUUCUUGGGUUUUCGGUGAAAACCACCAGGAACUUGAACAGGGAUCCCAGAUGUCAGCUUCCUGGGGUGGAGACCUGAGCCACAGCCGCGUAAUGUGAAACCCCCUCCUGCUGACCCCGUGCUGAGCACACGUGAGGGCGUUGGGACCCACACUGGCCUCUGCACGCCCUCACCAGCAUGCGGGUCCUGUUCCUCUGGGGCUGACAGCCGCAGGUGCCAACGUGUGCGCUCCCGCCACACAGCGCCAGCACAGUGAGCUCAGCAUCCCCGGGCCUGCAUGCUCUGCCCUUCGGCCAUCUGGGGGGACUGCCAUGCUGAGACAGAAGGCUGAGGCGCCCACUGCCUGGGCCAGAGGCCACAGCAGCCGAGUGACCACAGAGCUAGUUGAGAGUGGAACGGGAACAGAGAUAAGGGUCCCUGCUGCUGAGGGCAGGCUGUCGGGCCCUUGCCUUCCUGCCCUUCCACCCAAGGCAUCCUCCACACCCCAGAGCUGCCAGCAGCUGGUACCACUUAGGGAAAGGCCACUUGUGGAAGGGAAGGUGCCCCACCCCUUUCAGGGUCUCUGCUGCACUAGGCCCCCCACCUCCUGAGGGUCCCAGCCCUCACCUGUGGCUGGCCUUCAGUCAGGGACCCCUGAUGUGGUGAUUGCCGGUCAGAGGUGGAGGACAGACAAACAUCUCUGGUGUUUAACUCAGGACAGGGGUAUACUGACAUUCCCUUUUGUUUUCUGGGCCCCUGUGUGUAACACGGGCUGUUCUGAAGGGUUCCCUAGAGGUGCUCCUGCCAUCACCCCGCUGGUCAGGGACCACACCACACCUUGUCUCGUGGACAAGGAUGCUAAGGGUUUCCCUUGUGAAUGAAUGGGUAGGGGGCGCUGGAAAGAACAUUUGGUGUGUUCACAGAUUUUGUCACACUGCAUUUACAAUGACAGCGGAGUUUUUAAAGAAGGAAACAGGUGGCCAGGCCCAGGUGGCUUCUGGAAGGCAUCCUGUAUGACAGGCAACCCACACUGAGCCCAUAGCCUGGCUUGGCCUGGCUCUUGCCUCCCAGAGCAGAUGGACCACCACGCUGGGCAUCUGAGCCCUUGGCUGGGUUCGGGCUCCUGGCCUCUUCACUCUGCCCCUCAUCUCGCUUCCCAGUGGGAUUUCUGACUGGGGUGCCGUCCCUGCCAGCCGGGCUUUAAGACCUGUCUGUGGUGCCGAGCUCACGCUCUGGGGCGUAUCGCCUGCAGCCUGACUCGGAGGAUGGCGGCGGUGGCACGGCCUUCUGAGCCCUGCCUGCCGUGACUGAGUGAGGUAGCCGACAGGAGGGCCUCGGGCGCUAACAGCCCCCUUGUCUGCUUUCCCUUCCCUGUUGUUUAGGUCCUUGGCUCCAUCAUCUCUUCAUUGGUUUUCCAGUUGGCUUCUCAGCUGGAAAAUAUAAAAAUAGGCCCUCCUAGAGAUCAAAUCUCUUGGAAACAAAGAGCAAUAAUUACGUCUCAUUAACUUCUGCCUACUUGAAAAAGUUUGCCAUGAUGAUGGGUUAAAAUGAGGCCUUUAAAACUACAACCUUUUAUCAAUGCCCACAUUUUCCACCAAAAACAAACAAAAUGAAACAAAAAACUACAACCUUUUUAUGAAGCUGACUUCCUGCGCCCAGAGGACAGGCGGGUGCGUGCUCGCCUGUGUGCCAAGCUCACCUCCACUGUGAAGAUCUCCCAUUUCUAUCCCCUUUCCUCUCUGCUUCCCCUACAAACAGCCCCGAAGAGGACUUGGAGGUGGUGGGGGCAGCAGGGUGUGCAGGGGUCUGUGAGGAUGGCUUCCACAGCCCUCUGCCUCCCCGCUGGACAGUGUGGCCACCAUGACCAGCUACUGACAGGAUGUGAGCAGAGACGGGGACACAUCUGUGGUCACCUUGUUGCAAGAUGACUUCACGUUGCCUUUCUCAUGGAUGUCGUCAUCUGAGCGUAACCAGAUGGGCAGUGCCUGCUUCUGAGCCUCAUGAGGGACCAACGACCCUGCACGUCACCUGUGCCCUGUCUCCUCUCACAAGUGGCUAUAUGGCGGUUUUAAUUUUCCAAAUUCUUGGAUCAGAAACAAAAUGAAGAUUUUCCUAAAUUAUCAGCAAAUGAGGUAAUUUCCAACAAAGCUGCAUUUGAGACAUUUCCUCAGAACACAAGCCGUGGCCAGCACUGCGCUGGCCCGGGACUUACGUUCCUUCUUCCAGCGUCUGGUCCCCGCCCUAAAGCCGUCCAUGUCCUGCAUGUCCAGGACAGCCUUGCCAGCAGACAAAACCCAUGGCCUGUCUUGGCCAUUUGGUGAAUGAAUGUACAGACAGUAUCUGUUUUUUAUUAACUCUGUGUAGUAGUGUUUCUAGCAUGUUGUUAUCGAACCAUUGCACACAUGCUUGUAUCAACGUUGAUGCUGGGUAGUCAUCACUUCCUUGGGUCAGUCCCUUCCAUGUCCGUGGUCAUUGUCUGUGCCUUUGCAAAGAAACACUUAAAAGAGGUGUCAGGUCAGGUUAUCUGCUUUUCUGCAUCAAUAUUUAGAGAUGUACAUAUGUCUGGCUUUCAAGGAAACUUCCAUUGAAGGGCAUAAAAAGCUCUUUUUUAAAAAAUUCCAAUAGUCAUAAUUUCCUCUAUAUCAGCAUUAAAAUAAUCUGCCCUGGAAAGCUGAGAAUAUUCUUGCACAAUCCAAAAUGUGUCUUUAAUUUGAGAAAAAUACACAUGGUGAAUCAGAAACAGUCACACGCUGCCCAAAGAACAUCAGCCAAAUGCAGUCGUGCCUGUAACCCACGCUGGAAAUGCUCUUCCCAGAACCAGUGGGUUCUGCCUGUGAAUGGUCACUUGGAUGGGCCAGUAGGGAUGACACACGCACUACAUGGCUUUUUACAUCUGUCUGGUGAUGUGCUUUCCCAAGGCCUGGAAGUAUUUUCAUGGUUCCAGUGGGUUGGAAAAAUUAAGCAAGGAUGUUAUUGCAGAUAGAAAUCUUUUCUUUUGCCUUUGAGCAAUGUUGUGCUAAGGGCUUCAUUCUUUCACAAAAUCCGUACAUGCUCUGGUUGGGGCCUCUUCGUUUCCUCAGUUUAUAAAUAAGGAUGCCCCAACUCCCCUGGUAAAUCUGCCUGUUCCCUCUGUCCUGGCCGAGGAGCCCAGAGCAGGGGUGAGGUUAUGCUGACCUCCCUGCAGCUCAGGUCAAAGACCUUCAACUUUGCCAUCUCUGAAGAAUUUCUUCCAGUUUUCCUGAGGGUUCUGAUUCUGGGUUUGAUGGGCAUUGGAUCCAUGCCCAGAUUCCAAGCGGAGUUGGAAACUAUUCUAAUUGGUAAAAAACAAACACGCUAUUUUAAAGAUUUUAUUUUUAGGUAAUCUCUCCACCCAGUGUGGGGCUCCAUCUCACAGUGAGAUCAAGAGGCACGUGCUCCACAAACUGAGCCAGCCGGGUGCCCCCAGGGUGUUUGGGUUUUUUUCAGUUUUCAUUUGAGUAAAAUACAUUGACUAUUUCUAGUCUGUUUGCAGAUGUGUGAGUUGAGUCUGAACCUGCCCAGGGGGUGUCCUGGGCUCUAGGUUGGGGAGGGCCACAGUCACGGUGGCUUUCCCACGGUGAAAAACUUUAAAAUUAUGUCAAUAAUUGUCGACAUCAGAACCAAGUAAUAUUUGCUUUAUACCAAACAAAACUGGAGAACGGAAAGUGCGUUGUACAAAAUGUGUAUGGUGCUGCUCUAUUUCACCGGUUUCAGUGUUCAAGUGACUAGAUCAGUACUUUCUCAGAAUGGCUGUUAAAUCUGCUGUGGUGAUACAUCGAUGUCUCCUGGCCAUUUCUGUCUACAUCAGCCACCUGGGACUCUGGUUCUGCAAAAGUACAAUAAACGGUAACCGUGUC